CGUCGGGUAACGGCUGACUCUUUAUAUAAAGAAGUAAACAUUGGACCGAAGGGAAUCGUUUUGUUCGCUCGAAUCGAACGGGACACGGCAAUUUUUGGAGUAACUCGGAUGGGAAUCGUCAUGAUUUCGGGAUGGAUUCUGGCUUUGACCUGCUUUUUCUUGGCCGGAGUGGACUGCAAAGUGUACGAGAGAUGCGAAUUGGCCAGAGAUCUUCACGAGAGGUUCAAGUUUCCCAAAGAGGAUUUGUCCAAAUGGCUUUGCAUCGCCUACUGGGAGAGUUCGUUCGACACGGGGGCCAUUCACAAAGGAAAUUGGGACGGCAGCACGGACUACGGCCUAUUCCAGAUUAACGACAAAUAUUGGUGCAACGGAAACUCUAAAAACUCUCAAAACGUCUGCAAUUUAUCUUGCGACAAGCUGAAGAACGACGACAUCGCCGACGACAUUAAGUGUGUUUCGGAAAUGUAUCGACGCCACGGAUUCGAUGCUUGGGUGGCUCACAAGCUGAAGUGUUCGGGCGACACCUCCAACUUCCUGAAGGACUGCGAACUGUCUCCCAAGAGACGUCAGGGCCUUCUGUUUAACGGGCCUCUGAGCAGAGCAUUCGCCGUCGAGAACAGUCCCAAGGGUUAUCAGAUAAAUCUAAACGUUCCCGAAGCCACUUUCCGGUUCGGAGGCAACCUCUUCCACACUUACUUCAAGAUCAGACCCUUCUUCUCCGCCUCUAAAUUCGCCGGAAAGCACUGAACCGUCGACACUUCCGAAUUAUUUAUUUUUUGUACAUAUGGCUCAUCCGUCGAUCGGGACGAAAAAUAAAGUAUUGAACUCUUUCGACUGGCUGGUUUCUGCCCCAUCGGAAUUGGCGCUGCCCCUCGGCUACAUUAAUCGCCAAAUUAACGAAGAGUAUCCGCGCGUAUUUUUGGGCGAAGAGCCGAAUUUAAAUACGCAUGGACGAAGAAGGAACCUCGCCGAUCUAAUUUUUAGGCCACACAUUUCGUCGUAUCCAGAGCAGAAACCCGAGUUACCAUAAAUAUUCGAAUAUAGGAAAAAUGAUUCUCGCAUGGAAAAACGCGAGAGAAGAAUUAUAAAAAAUAUUUUUUACACAAAAUACUUCCAGAACUAAUUACUUUUUACCGAAGAUUCGAAAAAGACGGGCGAGAAAUUAAAACCCAUUUUAUUUUUAAAUUUUCUACAUCUUAAACGGAUCGAAAGAGGGCGCCACAAAUGUUUUCGCGUUUGUCGUCUGCUUUAAUUUCUUUUUUAUCGCCGUGCUGAUUACAUUUGAU